AUGGCGCUUAUCCGACUCCAAGUGCUAAACCUAUUUAGGAAGCCUUUCAAAGGGCUCUCGGUAUUUCUCGAACUUCCCGGCUCGCCGUCCCUCGCGUAUACGGCCGAGACGACGGAGCAGCCGAUCGAGGUCUGGUACCCCGUGAUGUCCGAAUUACAAGACCCUUCCCCCUGGAAAAGAUCAGUCGAAAUAAAGCCCGGCGAGAGAUGGCGGGUAACCGUGUACAUGAAUCCGUGGGACCAGAGCCUCUGGCCUUCGAUCUCGUUUGACAUUCGCGGGGAAUCCCGGCUCAUUACACUUUGUCUCGGCCCAAAUAAUUAUAAAGUUUCCAUAUACAAUCAUAAGAGAGAACCGUUGCCUUUAUCUACCAUGGAUUAUCUGGCAAAGACUAUAGCUAUGCUAAAUAGGGAUGAAGGGUUGGAGAAUUCUCACCUUGAUUCGGAUUUUAAGGCUUUCGAAAGUGAUAUCACAGCAGAGAAUGGGGACGAGGCGAUGACGGACCUAUCGGAUUAA